ACAAGUCAAUAAUAACAACUGCCUCCACCAUUAUACUACCAUUAUCUAGUACCCUAUAGUAACAAUGGGCCUAAGAAAGUCACACACUAAACAAAAUCAAGCAUUAGCUAUCAAAAAAAUCAUCAAAAGGUGUUCUAGUUUUGGCAAGAACAAUGACAAUGGUCUCCCAAAUGAUGUUCCAAAAGGACAUUUUGUGGUAUACGUUGGAGAAAGACGAAACCGAUAUAUUGUACCAAUUUCUUGUUUGGAUCAUCCAACAUUUCAAGAUCUACUACAUCAAUCCGAGGAAGAAUUUGGAUUUAGUCAUGAUAUGGGCAUAAUCAUUCCUUGCCAAGAAGAUGAUUUUUUGUCAUUUUUCUCCAUGUUUUCAUGAAUUCUUACAAUUUCAAGAAAAUUGUGUUAGGUGCUCUCUUUUACAUUUCUUUUUUCCAAGUGAUGUGUGUGUGUGUGUUCGAACACCCUAGCUUGGAAAAAAUAUUGCGUCAAUUUUGUACAAAAUUAAGGAAAAUCUCUGCAUGGGAAAUGAUUCUCCCCUUAUGCAUGUUACAUAUUUAUACAUUGUCAAUUGACCAAUUCGUUCAAAGGAGAAAAUUUGUUUUUCGUUUAAUUGAUCGUAA